AAGGGAGCAAAAGUAGCUGUAAUUGGAUGUAAAUGACCUCCUUCUCCUCCUCCUCCCCUCCUCCCCCCACAUGCAGGGAGCAACAGGUCUAAAUCCCAUCUGUGCACGACUGUUCAGAGCUGGUUGUUGAUAACAAGGGUCUGAAACACUGACUCUGAAUGUUUUUUUCAUGCAUUGUUCUUAAAUUUCUAUAAACUGGAGCAAUGAUUUUUCGGACAGCAGCAGAGCAUGCUAAGAAGCACCCUGGACUCAUCCCCCAGUUCUUCUUCAUCUGUCUGGGAAUGGGUGGGGCAUCUCUGUACCUGAUCCGGUUGGCCAGAGGACCCCAUGUUACCUGGAACAAGACCAAUAACCCUGAGCCAUGGAAUAAACUUGACCCUACAUAUCAGUACAAGUUUGUCGCCAUCAGCACAGACUACAAAAACCUGAAGAAGGAGGGGCCUGAGUUCUGAAUCUUUUGUUAUUCUCCAGACAGAUUUGAUUUGAUACAUACAUUUGAUUGAUUGAUAUAAAAAUAUAUUCCAAAACCUGCAGUUGAAAUGGAGGCAAGUAGCUGCCAGGAAAAUAGGGAAAACUACACCCAAAAAUCUAAAACUGGGUGGCAUGUACCAAAAAAUGGUAUUAAUGUAAAAUAGAUAUGAUUUGUAUUUAAGGAGCUAAACCCUGCAGACACUCUGUAUGCUGCUUUAAGGUUUUGUUUUCCAUGUCUGAGGGUUAAAAUUAACAAAAUUUCCUCUUUGUUUUCCCAUACAUUCUACAAAUGAAGCUUUAACUAUGCUAACUUCUGAUAAAAUCUCAUUUGCUUGCUGCAGUGCAUUGAUGGUCAAAUGAAUGUGACUUGUCUGCAUGUGUUUCUUCAUAACUGGCACAUGAUUGUAUGGUUUAGCAGCCACUAAAUUCAGCAAUCAUUGUGUAAGUUAUGAAAAGGCAGAGAUUUUUAAUCUGUGCUGGAUUCUUUCAAUAAAAAAACGGUUGUGUCUG